AUGAAAUCCCGUUUCCGCUGCCGGCAAAUAUCAUGGUCCGAAUUGGCGCCGGAUCUGUUAACAAUUAUAGCAGAACGCCUUGAGACACGGGCUGACGUCCUUCACUUCCGUCGAGUUUGUAAGACAUGGCGAGCUUCUGCUCCUCUUUCUCUUCUCACCCCAAAAAACAUAUUAUCCCCUCUCUUCCCCUGUGGGCCCUAUCGUCUCACUAACGAGUAUGGCUUUACAAACUCAAAAACCAAUAAUAUAGUGGCAAGUUCUGUAUUCCUCUUGCAAUCAAAUGUAAAUCCCAGUCUCCCACCUUGGUUAUUCUUUGUUGACGAAUUUACCAAAGGUAAGCUCUCUAUCAGAUGUCCCAAUGCUUCAACUAUGCCCAUAGAUUUUCCAAAAGCUAUGGAUUUGUCCCGUUUAAAUGUAUUGGAAUUGGGUAGAUUCCAUCGGUCGACUUGUCAGGGUAAUAGGGACAAUUACAAGGCGGUUUUGUUUGUGAAUCCAAAGUGUGUAACUCACCCUGCAAUUAAUGAUUGUACUCUUAUGGAGUUGUCUCAACAGAGGGAUAUAGGUUUUGCCUAUUCCAUUGAUUACCAUUCACUGAAGGUUUCGAGUGUUGUAGAAGACUCAUGUUGUGAGGCUUCGGGUGAGCAUAACACCCGUAAAUUUUUAGUUGUAUCAUGCGAUGAACUGUAUGCAAUUCAUGUACAGCGUAGGAAAUGGGGUGCAACUUUAAAGUGUUUUAGGAUGAAUGAGGAGGAAGAGAAAUGGGAUUAUCUUGAAGAUAUAGGUGAGGAAAGGAUAUUGUUCGUCACUUUUGAUGGCUGCUUCUUUGCCUCAGCCAAGGAUUUUCCUGGCUGGAAAGGCAAUUGCAUUGUAUUCCCUGAUUUUUCGUUCCUGCGCGCAUACAACUAUUGUAGUAAUGGGGAUAUUCAUGUCUUUCACUUGAAGCGUGGUGAUUGUGGUGUUGUAUUAUCUUCAUCUUAUCCAGGGCCUCCAGGCAACUGCAGCACUAGCCGCUAUGCUGAUGUGUUAUGGCCACCCCCAUCAUGGAUUUGGAAUGAUAAACAUUGUACCUUAGGUGGAGAAGAACACAAAGAACAUGAAGAUGUUGAUGAGGAGGAGGAUGACAGAGAGGAAGAGGAGGAGAAUGAUGAUAAUGAGGAAAGGAAAGACGAAGAACUGGAUGAACAAUGA